ACCUAAGGUUACAUAUGGCGGAGUUGCUCUAAGAUCACCGUACCAUGCUCAUCACAAGUUUGAACGGUUUGCACCUGCAGCUGAGUUGAUGUACACUUGAUGGUUGUUUGCCUGACACGAGCCGAUGCUAUUUGCCAUUCACGGUAGGUGAUGUCCUGUAAAGCGUGAAUUGAUUGUGAGGGAUGUGUUUUGCCCUUGUAUUGGUGAACUAUGCUCACCAGCGGGACUAUGGUUCACUGUUUGAAAGCCUUGGGGUGGUCAGUUUCCCAUGAAGAGACUGUGUUAUUGAUUUCUUUGGUAGUACGGCUACUACCAUAACAGUGAUAUUGAUUUUCUAGUGUGGGACAGUCAUACUGAUGGAGGACCCUUGCUGCACACUGGUGUGCAUAGGAACUUUCUGCGGUAUUAUAAGACUGUUUUUAUCUCUCAUCACCAACAAUGAGCAUGAGACGUCUUGAAAUUAUGAUGUUGAAUUUGGACAUAUUGUCAGGGAAGAACCAAAGUGACUCAAAAUGUUUCAUGACAAUGAAAAUUGUUCUGCCUCUGAUAUUACAGAGACAAAUGACAGUUUAUUUUCAAGAGGACUUGGGAAUAAGGACAAAUUAGGGAACAAUUUUGCAGCUUUAGCAAGGGCUUUUUCCCUAAGUCAGUUUUCUCUUGAGAAAUUCAAUGGAAGUGAUCCAGAAAUUGCAAGUUCAUGGUUAAGCAGAUAUGAGAAAUUUAAUUCUUUACAUAAUUAUUCAGAAGAAAGGACAAAGACAGCAUUUAGUUUAUGGUUAGACAAAAAUGCUUUAAAGUGGCAUGAAGCUCAAGACUUUAGUGACAAUUCCUGGAAUGAGGUGAAGACAGCUUUCCUUGCAAGGUACAAACUAAGUUCAGCAAAAAGAUAUGAAAGACUAGACAAGCUUUAUAAUAGGAAACAGAAACAGUCUGAGGAUUUUGAGGACUUUCUUCAAGAAUUGCAAUAUGAGGCAAAACAUCUUGAUAGAGUGGACGACAACUUUAUCAUGGAUGCCAUCAUUAGGAAUUCUCAACCUCACAUUAAACAGUUCAUUUUGACAAGAUUGCAUGAGACAAAGGAUCAAGUCCUGGAAAGUGCGAGAAUAGCAGAUGCUGCAUUUGGACUGGCCACAUCAGAGAAUGACAGACUUGUGUCUGUUAUAGAGGAGCUCGUUGGACAAGUAUCCUUAUUGACCAGUGCAGAAAAUACUCGAACAGGAGGGAACUUUUCAUAUGAGCAUCAGGAUGACUCUAUGUACAGAAAACAGUACAUUAAAACUGGGACUGAGUGUACUGAGGACCAACAACCAGUGAAGAACGUGACACAAACAUUCCAUCAACAUCACAGAAGUGGUUGUGCAUCAACACAUGUUGAUAUCAGGGACAUGAGUGACAAUGAUGUGCCCUGUGGACAAAACUGGAGCCCUGCUCCAAGGAAUAUGAGCAAUGAGGAGCAUAGAGUGUCACAACCACAAUUAUGGAACAUUUGUGGACAAUGAGGUAGGACACAUUUUAGUAUGUCUGAGAGUCUUGUGAGAUCUAUGCAAUGUUUUCAAUGCUGUAGGAUAGGGCACCUAAGCAGAUUCUACUUUUCUAAUUAAGCCAAACAUAUGCAAGGGUUAACAGGGGCAGUGCUACAUGUGGAUUUGAGCCUGCCGCCAAUAUAGCAAAUAUUGAUUUUGAUAAUGUUGGUAACAUCAUAGGCCACUCUUUUACAAUGAGAAAUAAUACAGAACCAGAUCAUAGAAAUGAUAAGUGAUUUGAGCGAGGUUGUUGUUUUGACUUGUAGUGUGGGCUUAUCUCACAGCAGUAUUAGGGUAAAGAUAUCUGGAAAGACUUACAGUGCCCUAUGGGACUCAGGUGAAACUUUGAGCUGUAUGAAUUCAAAUGUAUUCUCAUCUAUUGGAGGUGAGAGUAGAUUUCCUAUAACAAAAUGAGGUGUAAGGUCAUUGGUUGGUGCAGAUGGGAAACCAUUAGAUGUGUUAGGUGUAUCUACAAUUCCUCUUACAGUUGGUCAGCUAUGUGUUGUACAGGUCUUUCAGGUCUUUUUGCCUUAUCAAUUGAUGUGUUGUUAGGCUUAGAUUUCUUGAGAAGCCAGAGGCUAGCAUUGAUGUUAGCCAUAAUAGGUUGACUUUGUAGGAUGGACUUACAGAGACAAAUUUCAUUGCCUAUUCAGAUUAAUACCAACCUUGUUACAUGUAUAUGUGAUGUGGUACCACCACCACACAUGAAACUUUGUUGCCGGUGUACAUUAAGUUAGGCGUUGUUGAGCCGAUUGAGUCUAUUGCAGAAUGGUUACAUGUGUGAGGUGCUAGAUAUCUCACUUCAUCUGUCAAUCAAGUACCAUUGUUUAGGUUGAUGAACCCUGCUAGUUCAGAGAUUAAGUUAGCAAUAGGUGUCAUUGAAGAAGUCGAUAUUGCCAAUGUGUGUGGAGAGUUAGAAGACAGUGACAACACACAUACCAUGCCUAUCACCACAGGUGACAAAGCAUUCAACCAUGUUGAUAUUGACAAGACUCAUUGAUUGACGGGAAUAUGGAUAUCCAAAUAUGAAAUGGGAGUUGAUAAGUCGUAGAGGAAUGAGAUACCAAGUCCGGGUGUCUCGAAAAGCGAAGGGGUCCUAAGUGAGUCACAUGCCUACGCUGUCAAGCCGUGGAGGAGACAUGCCCACGUAGUAAUAAUGUCGACAGGGACGUAGAGGAGACAUGCCUACGUUAUUUGAAUAUAAACACAUAGAUGAGGAAAUGCCUAUGCUGUUUCAAAGCUUGAAAGAUCAAGUCUAGAGAUGCCUGACAGUCUCUAGUGGUGAGGUAGAUAUGUUUCUACCUCAAGUUGCUGAGUAUGUUGAGGACAGUCGAAAGACUAACGAUGAAUUCACUUGGGACGAAGGACAGAGGGUCGAUUUGUCUCGUAGCCUGGGUGAAGACCUAUAAAUCGGUCGUGGGAUGUAGAUGAUUGGCCAAUCAUAUUUGUACAGAAGAGUUUUGCCUAGUCAGAAGGCUGUUGUAUACCUCCUGUUGAGGAGAGGAAAUGUUUGAAGAGAGUACAGAUGGAAUAUUAAAGAGUUUUUUUUUUUUUCAUGAGUUAUGAUGCUGACACAGAUAAAGACACAACAAUAGGAGGGAAAAGGGACAUACGGUUAUAUAUAUCUGCGAUUGAAGAUGUAAGAAAUCAGAGGUUGUUUAAAAACAAGGCCGUUUUAACUUCAAAAUAUUCAACUGACCCACAAGUAUAACAUAUUAUUGAUACAUGAACUGGAACUGUAUGAACAUAAGCGCUGUGUUCUGCGGUUUACUUAAUGUUGGUAGACAUUAUUUAUGAGAGAGUAAUAUGUUGUAUGGUACAUUGGUGACGAUCAAUAGGGAUUGUUGUUUAUUGUUUUUCACUUAGGGAAGAUAUGGCUUCACAGGGAUAACAGAGUGGGAAUUGAGAUCAGAUCUAAAAUCUGAGAGAUUACUUGGAUAUUUGCGUUCUAAAGGACCCUUAGGCUUCGCACUUAAAGCUAUGAUGACACUACUCAUGAUGUGGAACCCAUUGACGACAUGCAUUCCGGAUAUCUAUCUCUGGGGUAAUACCUUCAGAUAUAUGGGACGACUUAACAUACAAACAGACAUGGUAUCAUACGUUUGCUAUUGAAUUGCCCAAGAUCUCUAACUAUCCGAUUAUGCUUAGAGAGAUGUGAGGGAAUAUUAGUCUUCAGGCGAAUCAUACGUCCUGUGAUGAGAAUAUGAGGGCUAUAUUGAAUUUUACUUAUCGCAUACAUGACGACACUUUCGAAGACAUGUUGGAAGGGGUUACUUUGAUCAGGAACAUUAUUCUUUGAGGUCAAAUUGUUGGUUCUCAGACUCGCUCCAAGAGAGCAUUGCUACCUUUUAUUGGUGAAUUCUCAAAUAAUUUAUUUGGUACCGCCGUGACAGUGGCGUGAACAUAAUACGACAACAUAUCAAUAUCUUAUCAAAUAGAAUGAGAGCGGAAGAAGCAGCUUUUAACGUGUCACAAGAUUACAUGGGAACGUACAAUAUCCCAUAGUUGUUUAUGAAUUGUGUAGACCUUCUACUCCACUACCUUGCACCAUUGCUACUCAAACAGUUGCUGUUAGGGAUGUAAAGUUAAUCUAUCCAUUGGUUCCGCAGAGACCAGAGAACAUUGCAAUGUCACAGUUUUAGAAAUUUAAGUAAUCUCAGACAUGUUAGUGUCCUCUUGUAUAAAUGUUGAUGUUAUACUGUAUUCAAGAUGUUACUUUUACUACAUGAUUUAUGUUUUUGUGCUGACCUAUAUGCAUUUAUUUAUAAUAUAUAUGAAUGGGUACACCUACCAUAUGAGAAAAACAUAUGUUGAAUUUCAUGAGAGAAAAUCUAUCCGUUAUAUGUUACCAGGAUGUUGUAUAUGGUGCAUUGCAUUGCAUCUCAGGAGUUGAUAGAUUGCAUGUGCGAUCACUGCCCAAUGAGACAUUUGACAAUAUUCUAUAUAGGUGCAUGUCCAGUGACUUUAUGAUAAGUUGAUGUUGUUUUGAUAUU